AUAUGCUAGUUGAUCGUCUUGAGGAUAUGACUUCCUCAGAAGCACAUGUGGUUGAUAAUGACAAGAGACAUAUAUUACUGUGCGGUUAUCUUCGAGGUUGUGAUAUCAAGAAAGGAACCAAGGUGCAUAUUGCUGGUGUUGGUGAUUACCCUUUAGCUGAUGUUACAAUCUCCGCCGACCCUUGCCCUUUACCAGUUACCACCUGACAGCCAUGAACUCGAGAUUAAUAUAGAUGAAAACAAUCUUGAUGUGGAACCUUACAUGGAGACCGAGAGUUUCAGAGUAGGGACUUACCUAACGUUUAAGGUUUUUGGCGUUCCUUUUGAGAUGGUUCCCGAUCGUGAUCCCUGUCAGCCUAUUCUCGUAGGAGGUAUCGGCCUUGCAGAACAGACUGCUGGAUAUAUGCAGAUACUCGAGGAUAGUCCGGCUCAGACACGGGGGACGCUUGAACAACUGCUUGCUGUUAUCCUUUUCGAAGAAGUGUUGCCUUUUGGUUGGCGGUCACGAGAGAAAUGUCCUUUAAAAGCUUACCAUGGAACAACAAUAAUUGCCGUGAUUAACAAGUCAGGCCUUCAACACUCCACAGAAAGGAAAAGAAAAGAAAAAGGAAGAUAA